AACAGCCUCAAUAUAACAAUACUCUUCUCGUCGGACGUGCGUUUAAUCUUCGUAUAACAUCUCUUGGCAGCUGAAGUUGACACGAGCUAUCCUCCUAAAUAUCUUAAAUAUAACGGUAUGGUUUUCUGUGAGAAGCUAUGCGAGCUGCUACGAGCUCACCCACAUCGAUCGACCCCUGCGCUAAACUUCGAUUGAACUUGCAAUGGAAGAGUUCGACUGGAUCAAGUCAUUCGCGGAAUCCAGCUAUGGUUCAGUCAGCGAUCCUGUUCCGCCACCUGUGGAGCCGACAGAAUCAAAGACACUGCCUGCAACAACUCCGCGGGGUUCCUUCGCUUCAUUUGUCUGCCAUGUCACCAGUCUAGAACGCAAGCUGCGCUCGUUCUCACCUAUCGUCCUCGAUGAUUCCUCAGUCGUCGGAAACACAGGCAAGAUCCUAGGUCAAGGAAAGACAUUCAUGGUCAAGCAUGCUCAAUGGAUUCGUGAUGUGAAUGAGCCACCUCUCGAUGUCGCUGUGAAGGAGAUCAUUCCGGACGCCCGAGCGACAAACCAGAGCCUGAACUCUUCUACCAGCUCCAGCGGCCUCACACAGAACGACUGGAAAGAGAUCUUGUUCGAGAUCCGAGCUCUCCUUCACGAGCCGAUUCGUUAUCAUCCAAACAUUAUCCGACUGCUAGGCAUUCAAUGGGGCCUAUCGCCAAUUUCGGAAUCUACUUACCCAGUGCUGAUAAUGGAGUAUGCAUCGCUUGGUACUUUCGCGACUUUACAAGCCUCUUCUGAGCCAUUGUCAUUUGCAGCAAAGCAAAAGCUGUGCUACGAUAUUGGGCGAGGACUAUCCGCACUCCACGCUUGCGGGAUUGUGCAUGGAGACAUGAAGCACGAAAAUGUACUUAUCGUACCUGCUAAGGAGCCACUGGACGGUAUAUCAUACACUGCGAAACUCGCGGACUUCGGUGGUGCCGUAAUGAAUAUGACGCCUAACGAAUUUCGCAAAAUGGAGACCUGGACAUGGCCUUUUCAAGCGCCUGAGGUAACGAGUAAUCAGCGACUCUCCAAAGAUGGGAUGGUACUCACAGAUGUGUACGCUUUUGGUUUAUUGGUUUGGAGAGCAUUUGAGGACGGUCAAGGGUUUGUGUCGCUUCCUGGCGCAGCACAGGAUGCAUCUGAUGAAGACAAGCGCAGCCUGAGCGCACGCAAAGCAUCGCAAAGCUUCACCGCUACUGCUGUUGCUAGCAUUCGUGAACAUGCUAGCAUGAGGGGAAUGUCGGAACGCUGCGUAGAUACCAUCACGUAUACCAUCCUCCACACCGUGCGACUGGAACCAAAGGAUCGAGAUCUUGUAAUGGCUCAAGCAGCGUUACGAGGCUUAGACCUUGGUCAUAUACCAAAAUAUUUGCGUUUCAUCAAGAAGAAGAACGAAGAACGAGCAGCCAGUGAGACCGGGGGACCGCCCGGAGAACACGGCAUCACCAGAGACGGUGCUGCGUUAUUUCUUGGACGAUAUGGCAAUGAUGUAGAUUUGCAAGAUAAUAUUCCUGGCUUCCGACCUCGUCUGAACGAGCCCAAUCGCGAAGAGGUACUGUUUGAGCCAGAGCGAUUGAAGAAGAUCUUAACCUGGGAUCAACAACGGCAAAUGUUGGAUGAAUUAAAAGCCACUGCUAAUGAUAGUGCAAACGCACCUGGGGAUCUUAUCGAGAUGAACAAGACAGUCGCUGCGUUCCACGUGUUCCAAUGUUAUCUCCUCGAAUUCGGCACUAAAUUCAACGCCGACGAAACUAUACAGUGGUUAUCGAAAGCCUCUUCGCAUGACGAUAGUCAUGAUGAUGCAGAUUACUUGGCGCAGGCUUGGAUAUGGCGGAUCUCACGCGCGCUUGAGGUCAACGUCAACCUCACUCAGGGGAGACUUGAGUCACUGCUGAGGAUCUCCGUAAUGCGGGGUCACUGGAGCUGUCUCCAGGACGUACUCGAGCUGAUCAAUACUAGUACUGGAACGACCCAACAGCAAUGGUCGAAUAAGUUCCAGCAGUUCCGUAACAUCCUGCUUUCACAAAUGGGUGCCGUUGGAAUGGGCUACUUCUUCUCGCCGCACAUGACACCACCAUGGAACAGAGUCAACUUGAGGGAUAUCAGUCAACUCGAUGAGACUAUCGCAACUAUUCUCGGCGACACGUACGACUCUUGCUUAAGAGUACUCAAUUCUCAGCUCCCAGGGUCGUCAACACAAGAGUAUCAGCGCAGAGGAAAAACUGCAUUUGACCGAGUGUAUGUCAACAUACGGGGACAUGGUCCACUGCACUACGCCGCCGCAAGCGGGGAUCUGAAUGCCCUGCGUCAUAUGGUUGCAAAGUACGACUGCGACAUCGAUUUGCCAAACCAGCAUGUGGACGAGACUCCUCUGGUAUGCGCUUGCUCUGGCGGUAAACUUGAUUGUGCACUACUAUUGCUCGACAAAGGGGCUGAUGCAAACGGCUAUCAUCAUGGGCAAGAAGGACCGCUGCAUUGGCUUUGUAGCUUCUUGCCCAACGAGAUGGAGGUCAUUGCAUCAGCUCUGAUCAAAGCAGGAGCUGACAUCGAAUUACGUUCUGGCGGCAUGCGCGCGGACGUUCGUGGUAUCAGAGCUGAUUGGGAGCAUAUUUUUGGAACCAAAACAACGCCACUUGGAAGAGCGGUCCUCAUGAACAGCCUUCCAGCAGUCAAGGUGCUUUUGAAAUUAGGAGCUGAUCCUCUAAAGAAAAAUGCCAACAAACACCCAGGUGAAUGGAAAGGCGAUAAGGCAACAAUGGUCGACAUAUCUUCGCCUUUCGAGUUGGCCGCUGCCUUGACACUUCCGGAGAUUCUAGCGGAGUUCAUUACUCAUAUCGAUGGUCCUACUGGUGCGGCAACGAGUAUAAGCUUGCCGCCAGAUACAUGGGCCUGUCCGCAAUGCACACUGCACAACCCACUCGACUACCUCGCCUGCGAAGCCUGUGGCCUGGAACAACCACCGCAGCCCAUACCUGAGAACCGGCGUUUCGCCCGAACGAAGCUUUUGGAUGUCUCUUCCGUAAUUGAUCUAGCACGCGGUAAAAAAGUGACCGAAUUCGAUCCACUGUCAUUGCGAAGCCGUCUCGUGCGCCAUGGACACAAGUACAAAAGCAACCUUAGAAUCACCUGGAUGAUACUCCAUGCUCGUUCAUUCCCUUUCCAGGGCGCCAUACCCACCGAAGAGCUCCAAAAAGUACGAAGUAGGACGCUGUGUAACGAGGUCGCCCAUGGAAACCUAGACAUUGUCGAGUGCCUUUUGGAACUAGGAUACAGCGCUAGCGGAACUUCAGAUCAUCGACCCUUGCAGAAGGCUAUCGAGCUGAAUCACGAAGAAAUGUUCAAGCUCCUCAUACGGUACCGGGCUGACAUUUCAGUCACGACAAUGACACCUGCGGGUAGUAUGUCUCUGCUUCACAUCUGUGCGUCGCGACCACGUCAGUCAAAACCCGGAAGAUAUAUCGCCGACGCUCUCAUCAGAGCUGGUGUACCAAUCGAGAGCAUGGAUAGACGUGUCAGACCACCCCUUGCUUUGGCGGUCUUGAACCAAAACUUUGACGUGGCUCAGGCGUUGGUCGAUAACAAUGCUGUUGUAGAUGCGAUCUAUCCACUCCAAGUGUAUGGGAUGAAUGGAUCAGAGACUAGAUCAGUCAGUGUUCUUGUGGAGAUCUUGUCUCAACAUACGAAUCGUACCCUUGAAUCGCUUAGAUUCCUGUUCGGCAAGCGUGACGGCGGUCCGGCUCAGCGGCCUGCAUUUUACGUCGACCUCACAAGCAAACUCACUAUCCUACACCUUCUUGCUGGUAGCCCCAACUACACGCAAAUUGGGCAGAUAACGCCCAAGAUUCUUAAUCUUUGCCUUGAGAUGUACUCGGAUGACGAGCUCGUCAACUGCAGACAUCCACUCUUGGGCACUGCACUAUACCACGCUGCCACGAAUGGACACAAGACCAUGGUAGAACGGCUCCUACAAUACGGCGCAGACGAGACACAUGCUGCAGGCCCUAACGUUGAUGGUUCCGUGCAAAGUUUGUUCAGGUCACGAGAUACCUGGACACCGCUUUGGGCUGCGAUAUUACGACUUGACGAAGAACUGAAGAAGGGAGUGUUGUUUCCACCGGAUGGACCGUCCGGCACAUGGCUGAACUCAAACAUCGUACAGAAUCUUGAAAAGAUUGUGGCUUUCCUAUCCUCGAAUGAUAAAGACACUUUAGCGCAACAAGCCGUCGAGCAUCUAAAAACCAAAAUGGAGGUACUCCAGGCUGAGUCUCGUAUAUCUCGAAUCGAGAAGGCAAGGACUAAGAGAGAAGGGAAAAUCGUGGAAGAAGAACAUCCUGUUGAUCUGGGGAUACUUUCUGGGAAAUCGGGUGAGACUGACGAGAAGACUAUACGGGAGAUAUGUACAGGUCUUGAAGAUGAAUGGAAGACUGGAGAAGUUGAGGUAAUUCUUGAAGGCCUACAGCUUUGAACCGAAACAGUGCAGGUUGCUGGAUCAACUGCCAGACUUUACAGAAUAUUGGUAGCGACGACGAUGUGGGCGGCUGUGAUUACUUCACCCACUAUGCCAUUGGUGACUACAC